UGAAGAUUCUCCAGUUGCUUUUAAAUACCAAUUUAUUAACGAGGUGAAAGAGAAGCCAGUUUGGCGACGCACAGACACCAAAACACACACACACACACAAUAAAUAACUGUCCAAUCGGACAAAAGAUCUCGCCUGCUUUUUAUUUUCAUCCUUCCAUAAAGUUCCCCUCUCAUAUAAUACACACAUUUUGAACCAGUGUUUCACAACCUGAGUGUGAGCAUCCACUCUAUCUCUCUCAUAGCAAGAGUGUCCACUCACUCUAUCCCCAACAGACUGAAGGACCUCUCUGUGUGCCGCAACCGUCAAUCGCGUAUAAGGUUCUACACCCUAGAAAGUCGGCUGUCUUAAAUACUUACGUCUGUCCUCCGGCUCAAAGUCCACUCUUUCAUCCUUGCUGUGACUCUGCUUGACCAAUUGCAGCUGUUGUCCAGUUUUCACUGACCACUGUGACACAGAGAGACGAUGGCCAUCUGUAGAGUUGGGGUCCUCUUCCUGUUUCUCGUAAUAUUUGCGUUCCUGGAGAGCCAUUGUGUGAUGUCGGCGAAAUGGCGAGAGGCGAGGGACGUGUUCCUGUCAAACGUGGGGACCCUGAGUGAGAUGGUGAAGCGACAGCCAAGUCACAUGAUUACCACACGUGACCUGUUUGGUCUGACCAAAGACGAGGAUGUCGAACUAACGGAUUCAGCACCAAGCGUACAAGGAACAGACAUCAAAAAGUACCACGAAACUUAUCGAGGACUUCCAGUGUUUGAUGCCAGCCUCACUGUGGAGACGGACGCCAAAAGCCAUGUGUACACUGGCCAGGUGACAGGUAAACUGGUUCAGAACCUUGAUGAUGACAUCAACUCUACAAUACCAAAUGUGACUGAACAGGAAGCUGUACAAUUGGCUCUGAUGUAUGGCAAAUUUCCUAUGGCAGGGGCCCGCAUAGACAGCAGCAAACCUCAGUUGAUAAUCUAUGUGAAGGACAAUAUCGGAAUCCUGGUUUAUCGAGUUCAAUAUUUCGCUGUGUCUGAUGGAAAAAAUUAUCGAUUUUGCAUGAUGAUCAAUGCAAAGAAUGGAAUGCUUGUAGACAAAUGGAACACACUAGAAACUGCAAGAGAGAAAUAUCAGAUGAAAGGUAUAGGAGGCAACAAGUUGAUAGGUAAAAAAACGUAUGGGGAAUUGCUACCUUAUUUGCAAGUGAGACGCACUGGAGAAGACUGCUAUUUCCGCAAUGGCAUUGUGAUAGUCGUGAAUCUGAAAGGAAAGGAGUAUCUGUCCGAUGAGGAUGAAAAAACUUAUCAUACCAACUGCAAGAAUGGUUCAAGGGAUGAAAUAAAUGGUGCUUAUUCCCCGAUAAACGAUGCUCUUUUCUAUGGUACCAUCAUCUACAAUAUGUACAUGGAAUGGGUGAAAGUACCUCCGAAGAAAGUGUUGCCUAUGAUCUUUCGUGUGCACUAUGGACACAACACUGUCGUAGCUAACUACAAUGGACGGAACUUCACGUUUAGUGACGGCGACGACAGCUUCCUGCCUCUUGUCGGUCUCGACAUCGUUGCACAUGAAGUGACACACUGCUUCACAGAAGAACAUUCAGACUUGGUGUACGAAGGUCAGUCGGGGGGCAUCGACGAAUCUUUCAGUGACCUGGCUGGAGAGGCAGCCGAAAACUUUGCAAAAGGAAACAAUGACUGGGAAGCCGGAGGGGGUGUCAGCAAAGAUCCAAUACGCAAACUUUGUAAACAAUCAGAGGAUGGUAAAUCAGUCAUAUACGCUAAAGACUUCUCCGAUGAUAUGGAUGUACACUACCUCAGCGGAGUAUUCAACCGGUUCUACUGUCUGUUGGCCAGUUAUAAAGACUGGAGUGUUAGGAAAGUAUUCCAGAUGACAGCACACAGCAACCGUUUCUACUGGCAUCCAAAAACCAACUUCACGGAGGCUGCUUGUGACAUCAUAAAGUCCGCUUAUGAUCUUGGCUAUGAUACAGCUCCUGUACAAGAAUCUUUUGCAAAAGUGGGCAUCGAAGUCUGCGAUAUAUCUCAGUACAUCCGUAACAUUCACGAGAACUCAGUAAUUGAGGGGCUGAGUUCAGUUCCUGGAGAGAAAAUCCUGUUUAAACUCAAUGUCAAAACGGUGUCAUUGAAGAAAGUGAAAAUCAUUACUUUUGCUGGAAUCGGAGAAGUAGAUCUUUAUGCUUGCUAUAAAAGAAGUCGGUGCUCCAAACAUUUGACAAAAUGGCGAUCAAGCCAGCCCGGAACGGACCAACUGCUUUCGAUUAGGCAUCCAAAAUUGGGGAAAUACUUCAUAACACUAAUACCAAAAACGAGGUCAUAUUUUGCAAAUGUAACAAUCAAAGUGAAUUAUGAAAAAGAUUAAAAUAUUUUUUUUUAAAUAAAAAAACAAAAAGUCUUCUUUUAUUUUCUUUAGUGUUCGAAAAACCUUGCAUGAACAGAGAUUUUAUCCGAUCAAAUUUAGUUCAUUUUAUAUUAACUUUAGUAAUUGUCUUAACAAAAUCUAAUUAAAUCGAUAAAUUCAAAAACAAAAACUGUGACCCAAUCAGAACUGAUCGAAGCUGUUAUUGAUUACAUCAAUUUAAACACACACACACACACACACAUAUAUACAUCUAGAUAUAUCAUCAUCAUCAGUUUUAACCUCCACUUUCCAUGCUUGCAUGGACCAGAUAAAAUUUACAUAUUUCUAUAUCUAUCUAUCUUUAUAUAUAUGUAUAUAUAUAUAUACAUAUACUUCAUUAAAAGACAGCAAAAAUAUCACAAAAACUGUAUAUAGAUACACAAUAUGUGUUUCUAUCAAAGUAAUUGUAUUUCUGCAUAUAACUUUAUUUUGCUCCAUUCUAAACAAAACUGUCCGACGAACAGGAACGUGAAACUCUGAGUAACAGUUUUUUGUGAUAUUUUUGCUGCUUUUCAAUAAACGUAUUGCUCUAC